AAAUUUAAAUUUUAAAUUUGGACCGGUUUCAUACCGGACCGAACCGGUACCGGUCCGGACCGGUUUGACCGGUAACCGGUCAAACCGGACCGGUUACCGACGGUUCGGUUAACCCUGUUUGGGGCACGUCUACACCAAGUCCGACAUGUUCAGCUUUGGUGUCAUCGUCCUCGAGAUGGUGACGGGACGGAGGAUCAAUGGCAUGACCGAAUGUCCGGACUCCACACCUCUGCUGAGCAACGUAUGGGGGAAGUGGAGGACGGGGUCGGCGAUUGAUGUGGUGGACGUGUCGCUGGGCGCACGUGGGCACUAUCCUGAAUGCGAGGUCCUUAACUGUAUAGAGGUCGGGCUACUGUACGUACAGGAGAACCCGGAGGAUAGACCGGACGCGUCCACGGUGGUGCUGAUGCUCAGCAGCCCCACGACUUCGUCUAACGGAGGUCGGCAGGCGCCCUCUAGACCGGCCUUCUUCUUCGGCUCUGACAACAGCACUGCUGGAGGGCAUGCGCCGUUCAGUUCCAGCGCUUCCAUUGAGCAAACGUCGACGGCACCAGUAGUAUCCAAUAAUGAUGUGACGAUGUCGGAGAUUCAGCCCAGGUAGAAGAUCAUACAUGGGAGUGCAAGCCGGUGAAUUUGCAAGCGUUUCCACGGCCACAUCCACAUACACCAUUUUCAGAGUCAGAUGUGGGAACAAUGCUCGCCGAACUUAUCAAGGCCUGGGACUUGUUGUUAGUGUUUAUAUUUGUUAUUCGAACAUUGACUAUAGGUAUGUCUAUCUUUGCAAUUAUUGUCGGGUGGUACAGGAGCUGAGAGCUGAGAGGAUGCUUCAAUUUGAAUUAACUUAAUAAGCAACGUGAUGAACCUCACGGUGAAUGGACAAAUAAAGGAGAUAAGUAUAAACA